AUGAUGUCGCAGUCGCUCCAAACUCGGCGCUCAUCGCGGAAACCCGAUCUCUCGUUGAACAUUUCUACCGUCUCCAACUUUCGUCGAGUCGCCUCAUCCGGGCCGGCUCAUUGGCUGGACGAACAACUCGUAACCGAGGCUCCGUCGAGCAGCGGGCGGCGCGACGAAGCAUUGGACACUAAGCCGCCGUCCCGGCGACCUGCUGCGGCCUUAUUUCACCUCAGCGCUGGUAGUAACAGCGCGGGUGGCACGAUAGGCCGCGACACCACGCAGCUCUCAUCGUCGGGAGGUUUUCCCCCGCGUCUGUCCGCCGGCGACUCGGAGCCGGUGGCGGCGGCCCGGUUAUCCACCGGCAGGGCCGUGGCGUUGCUAGGUGCACGACGGUUCGCUCGCUCCUUGUCGUCCUCCGCACUGCCAGAAUCGGCGCUUCCUCCCCCCUCGUCCAUCUCGCUCUCCUCCGCGCAAGGCUCGGGCAGAUCGCCGCCGCCGUCGGCCUUAUUGUCACCUCAGACGCCGUCGCCCUCGCGAGAAGAGUCCAGGCGGACGAGAGAUUGGAUCCGGCCGACGGUCGGCGGGCCGUGUGAAAUUGCUUCCAAGCCGACCGUUGGAGGAGAUGCGUGCAAGGCUUCAGAUGGCCCUUCUGUCAGCAGCCCAGCGGCGAGUGCUUCCCACGUCUCUUCCUGCACUGCGCGUGUGGCAACAGCACCUGUUACGGCCGUCACGAGUACCACCAUGCAAGUCAACACGCAAGGCAGCACGCACGGCAUCACCCAAGGCAGCACCCAAGGCAGCACCCAAGGCAGCAGCAGCAUGGGGGUAAAGAGCCAACCAACAAGAGGAGGCCCGGCUGUUACCAGCGAUUCCGCUGCCCUUCCCAGCCCAACCACCCGCCUCUCCCCGCGCCCUCCACCCUCCCCGCGCCCUCCACCCUCCCCUCGACUCCUUCGCUCGCCGAUCUCACGCGCAUCUGCAAUCACACCUGGACUCGACCAGCGCGCCGCUACCACCCUCGCAGCACGCCGAGCGCCUGAAACACCCAUUCCUCCUCUGCACAUGCCGUCCCCCACGCCCGUGAAGUGGCAGCCGCCGUCCCCCACGGCCGUGCGCAGCCCGCACGCGGAGCGCAUUCAGCAGCGCGCGGCGGAGGCAAGGGCGCGACAGACGCACAUGGACGAGGCGUGGGGCGCGCUCCUGCUGCGCGACAGCCAAGGCUGUUCCGUGUGUGAGCCAGCCAAGGGUGCUCCAAGCAAGAGUGCAGCAGGCGAGUCUGCUGCGGAUUCUUUUCCUCUGACUGCUGGUGCUGCUGCAAAGCCGUCCUGGGGUGCUUCCUGGCAGCUUCUGAUGGCGUCGGGGCGAAGCCUCAAGGGGUGGAAUGGGGCCUCAACGGCGGCAAAGGAGAGUGGCAUAAACGAAUGUGUUCCUGGAGGGGAUGAGUUAGGGAGGCUGAUCAGCGCUGCAGGUGGCAGGUCAUCAGGAAGGCUGAGGCGUGGCAUGAGCUUGACUCGCGGAACACCUCCCUCUGACCACCGCGCCGUGCAGCCGUCUCCUCUGAUGGGAGAAGGCGAACAAACGGGAAUGCGGACGAUGGGAAGCACAACAAGAGCACCAGUAGGAGUGGGGACGAGGAGUGGGGCAGAAGGAGCACUAUUGGGAAUGGGGACACGGACAGGGGGAAUAGGAACGUUUACCGAGGCAAGGAUGGUGGGCGUGAGCAGCAGCAAGCUUGGGGUUGACGAGGAAGGCAGCAUCCCCGCUUCCCCCGCGGGGGCCAGCACGCACCAGGGCAGCUCGCCAGAGUGCUCCACGAUCUACUCCUGUGCCAUUCCCACUCCCGAUGCUUCAGCCUCCACCAACCUAAUGGUGCCUGUGAAACGGCUCCCUGGGACCGCCACACGGCGGCUGUACAGGAGAGGCACGCCACGGAAGAAUGCCUCUUACUCCGAUCUGCACCAUUUUCAAGCAUCUGCUCUCCACACACCAGCGGCCGUCGCUGCUGGUGCUGCAAAUGCCGCAGCAACCUCAUGUGGUGGGAAUCCAGGAAUGCAAGUCCCUCUGCCCUCCGCUCAGGAUCCCUCGCCUGCAGGAGUGCGUCCGUGUGCAUCGCUUCCGCAUCGCAGCUUAUCGUCUUCCAUGCUCUCCUCCUCGCCCCCCGUGCUGCCUGUCUCGCCGAGUGAUAAGACGGGGGAGAAGGGAGUGAGGCCGUCGCAGAUGCGGAAGAAGGUGUCGUUCAGCACUAUGGUGAGGGUGAGGACGUUCGUCUCCUUGGAUGACUUCGAGCCCGCCCUCCAUCGCUCCCCUCUGGGAACUUUCUCCGUUUCUUCUCAUGCAGCAGGUUCGGAAAGUGCCACCACAACAUCUGACGUGGCAGCUGAUGUCAGCAGUAUUUGUAAGCCGGAGUUCGCUACUGAGCUGGCAGCGGCACUGGAUGUGGUAGAGAGGGCAUGCCACGUGUGCCUUGCUGUGAGGGAGCGGAUGGUAGCGGAGGAGCAGGGGGGGUACAGCAGCGGCAGUGAGAGCGAGGGCGGCAGCAGCAGCGUGGACAAGAAGGACCGCUCGCCCGUCACUGUCGCUGACUUCGCCGUGCAGGCCCUUGCUGCUCUCGAGCUGGCCCGGCAGUUCCCCGGCGUGCCACUGGUGGGCGAGGAGGACGCCUCUCUGCUGCGCGCGCACCUCGCUGCCCCCACUGCCCCCGCGCCUUCGCCACCAGCAGCAACAGCAGCCGGUGCUGCCAGUAGCGCAGCAGCGGCAGCAGGGGCGGCAGCGGCAGCAGGGGCGGCAGCCGCAGCAGGGACGGCAGGGGCGGCAGGGGAAGCAGGGGGCGGGGAGCGGGGGCCAUCCCUGGCGGAGAGGGUCACGGAUCUCGUGCUCCGCUUCGCCUCGCCCCACGCCUUGGCGCUGGGUGGCGCAGGGGAAGGCGCUGUGGAGGGGAGUGAAGGGCGGGCGGCAGCAGUGGAGGCAGUGCUGGGAGCCAUUGAUGCCGCUGCUGCUGCCACUCACCACCUUGAAGCUGCCGCUGGUGCUGCUCCCAGGCACCCAAGAUACUGGGUGCUGGACCCCAUUGAUGGCACACGAGGCUUUCUCAGGGGCCACCACAACCAGUAUGCU